CCAAAUAAACAACAGAAGAAAGUUGCCCAUAAUGCCAUCGAGCGUCGUUAUAGGAAUAAUAUUAAUGAUCGUAUUAAUGAUCUUAAAAAUGUUGUUCCUGCACUUUGUCAUCUCAAAAGUAAAGAUGAUGAUGAAGUCAGUGAAGUUGAUGGAAUUCCUGCUGCCACCAAACUGAAUAAAGCAACAAUUCUUAGGAAAGCAACCGAAUAUAUUAAUUACUUAAAGAACAGCAAUCAAAAACUUAAACGUGAAAAUGAUACUUUGAGGAAAUUGAUUGAAGCUUUACCCGGUGGUACUGAAUUAUAUAAUGCUUAUAUGACAGAACAAGUUGCUAACUCUAAUGAACAUAGUGAGCACACUGGACAGUAUACACCACCUACAUCAGCUGAAAGUUCUCCAGGUUCAUCUCAUCCUGGUUCACCACAUCAACAGGAUUAUGAUUAUUCUACGCCACCGACUCCUCCAACCGGAAAUACUGGUUCAAGAGCUCUAAUGGCUUUAUUCAUGU